GCCCGUCCGGGCGGGGUGUGGCUAUGACGACGGAGUUCCGGGGAGUCUCUUCCCCGGCGCGCCCCCUGGCGGCCAAGUCCGUCCGUUGAUUCUGCUCCGUCUCAGCCCAGCCCAGCUCAGGGCCCCGCCGCCAGUUUAACUGCAGUCGCGACGACGGCGCCCAGCGCUUCAAGCCUUGCCUUGUUGCUGCCGACGACGACGACUCCUCCUGCUCGGCCGCCGCUGCCCUUCCGCGAGUUAAGUCGGAGCCCCGCGCGCGCGCAAGGGCCUGAGCCGAGGCCCGUCCCGCUCAUUUCCUCCCACUUGCGACGCCGCCGCCGCCGCCAUGGACAUGAAGAAGCGGAUCCACUUGGAGCUGCGGAACAGGACUCCGCCGGAUGUAAGCAUGGGCGGGAGGGAAGCCGGCGACCACCACCGAAACCACCCACUUUCCUGGGGUGGGAAAGAGAGGGAGCAACCGGUUCGGGGGGGGAGGGGAGCUCGGUUCGGGUGUGAGGUGAGGGGAAUGGCGGAUAAAAGGGAGAGAGAGAGAGCGGAGGUCGCUCGGCCUGAGGGAGGCGGGAAGAGCAGAAGCGGGCGCGUGUGUGUCGGGGGAGAGCGGCGGGCGGGCGGGCUGAGGAGAAGGGCUCCGCGCGGCCGCCAUGUUGUUCCGCCGCUGCGUCCGUGUGAGGGAAGAGAGCGUGGGCUGCCUGCGGAGAGGCGGUUGGUGCCUCUCUCUCUCUCUCUCGCGUGCGCGCGACGGCCCCGCCGCGUCCGUCUUCUUCUUAGCCAGUGCGCGCGCCCUUCUCCCACCCCCACAGCGUCCCUCUUAAACGGGCAACAGCUGCAUUAAAAACAAAAACGGAAGGCCGAGCGAGCGAGUGAGCGCGCUCCUCCGCGUUCGCUUCUUUUGGCGCGCGCGCGGGCACGCUGAGGCCUUGUCGCUCGCUCGCUCUCCCGCCUUCCCCCUUUAAACGGGCGACGGGGAGGGAGGGAGCGCGCGCGCGCUCUCGCUCGCCCGCGUUUCUUUUUCCGCCUCCCUUCAUGGGAGCCGCCGCUCAUCUUCCCGCCAAAAAUUUGCUUCCCUUCCCUUCCCUCCCCUCCCCCCCCCCCGCGCGGCAGCACCGCACUUUCCUCUCACAAAUCAGAAUAAUACUGUAAUAAUAACCUUAAAGGCGCCACCAAUCCAAAGGGAAGCGCUUCUUCGGGGGCCGCUGAUUUGAAGCAGGAGUGUGUUUUUUUUAGUUUAAAAGAGAGUUGUAUCUCGCGUUCCGUGUUUUAAAAGCCUUCCAAACAAACAAAAAAGCAUAUUCGAAAGUCUUUCAAGGCGAGUGGAAUGGAUUUUAAAGGGGUGAUAGGGCGUGCCGUGAGCGCUUGGAAACUGGGGGAGCAGCACUUUUUCUAGGACCGAAAACACACCUGCACACCACGUAACAGUGAUGGUGCCUGGGGAACGUACUAAGUGUGUCCCUGUCUCGUUGGAAAGCCCUUUGCGGUGUUGGGUAACUCAGCCAGAUGGGCAGAGUGUAAAUAAUAAAGUUAUUAUUAUUUAUUAUUACUAUGGUUAGAGUGGCAGACAUUUGUGCGUUACAGUACUGUAAUGGCACGACCACACGUUCUUGGGUGGUAAAUCAAGGUUUUCCACCUUGCAGAGUUAGGGCUCUCUGUAUGCUAAUAUUCCCACUUGCCACAGGGCAAGAAGGAUUUAAGGGGGGAAAGUAAGCUUGGUGUAGCAGGAAACCUUGAUUUUCUUUAUUUCUGUGGCACUAGGGUCACACUAAAGGCCUAGGAGAAAGACCAGAAAAAGUGAGAGCUGCAAUGCAUUUCUUCUUGUCGUAUUGAUUUACCUUUUUAUGGGUGGUGGGGAGGUCUACAAUUUUUCACCAGCCUUCCUGGGCUCUUCUCACCUGCCAGCUGGAGGGGAGGUAAGCACCUCCAGAAGAAUUACCAAAGGAGUCUCCCCCAACCUUCCCUAUGGGAAAGGCAGAAUGGGAGCAUUCCAGCUUCAGCCAGUGCUCUGAAAAGAGAUUCCAGUGUCUCUCUACCCAGCAGCAGCUGCAGAGGGACUCUGCGCCUCAUUGCCAAGUACCAUCCUCUCUCUCUAUUCACCUCUGUCUCCUGUGGGAAAGAGAGGCAAAGAGUGUGCUUCCAACUCUUUCCUUGUUUUCCUUCCGGUCUUGGGAGCCGGGGAUAGGUCAGGGACCGCAAUGAUGGAACUGGGGUGAUCGCCAUCCACCUCUGCAGUUGGAAGGAAGGGUUUUUUUUUACUUGUCCUUGCUUUGCAGCAGGAUGCUCCAUUUGCCAUGAUGUGUUUAAUUAUCACCGCCUGUGCAUAGUUAAAGCAUCAUACGUGUAUACAGUACCUAAGGAAAGAUGAAGUAGGACUGUACUGCAUCUUCUGUGUAGAGGGUGGGCAUGGCCAAAUAAGUGCAUUUCACAAAAGGUGAUCUUUGAAAGCUACAACUUUGAAAAAAACAAGUAGUUUGAACCAACAGAGCAGUAAAACAGGAGGGUGCUUCUUGGCAGACACUGCACAAUUUAACCACUGCUUGUUACUCUAUAGCACACAUCAAGGCCACUUGAAAGCAGUUGUCUCCUUCCUGGUGAACAGUAAUUUAACAUGGGUGGCCAUCUGUCAUCUACGAUCUAGUUAAGAUUCCUGCAUUGCAGGGGGUUGGACCAGAUGACCAUUGGGAUACCUUCCAACUCUACAAUUCUAUAAUUCUAUGAUUUUGCUUGUCCUUAGAUUUGUGAAGCUGCAUGAGUCACUUCUUGAGUGUCUGUUAUGUAUGGACUCUGCAUAGCUGAAUGUUGAUGAGACGCUGCUGUGCCCCCUGUGAAGUUCUUAAUGACAUGCUCUGUUUUGAAUUGUGAAAAGAUUUGCCAGUGAAGGGCCCCUCAGUUUAUUUUGGCCUCCAUUCUCUAUUAACUGUUGCAGUUUGUCACAGGAGAGUUUUGCAUACACAUUAAUAUUCAUGCAAGUACACAAGUUCAGCAGGUAGUAAUUGGAACACUUAAUUUUACAAGGUGGUUGAUGAUCUGAAUCAUCAUGGUUUUAGUGCCAAUGGAUACUUCCUGUUGCACUCUCUGAUGUAUAACAUUAUUGUUACAGAAACUGACACCUGGGAGUGCCUUAAUCUUGUAGUGCCAACAAUAUUUUGCCAAUAACUCAGUCCGGUUAUUAGAUCAUGGAUAGGCAAACUAAGGCCCGGGGGCUGGAUCUGCCCCAAUCAACUUCUAAAUCUGGCUUGCGGACGGUCCGGGAAUCAGCGUGUUUUUACACGAGUAGAAUGUGUUCUUUUGUUUAAAAUGCAUCUCUGGGUUAUUUGUGGGGCAUAGUAAUUCGUUCAUAUUUUUUCUCUCCAAAAUAUAGUCGGGCCCCCCACAAGAUCUGAGGGACAGUGGACCAGCCCUCUGCUGAAAAAGUUUGCCGACCCCCCUGUAUUAGAUGUUGCGCAUCAGCCAGGAAAGGUUAAAAACAGUUGAAUAGCUGCACUGAUUGAGGAAGGAUUUUUUCCGUAAUAGUUCGAACUACAAGAUCUUCAAGCACCUGAUUGUUCAGGUGUCUAAUUAGAUGCCUAGGAAUAGCUAGGAAACAACAUAGAUAUUGGACACUGAUAUUAUGUGUUCCCUCAUCAACAUACUGGUCAGUUGACCUCUUCUGCACCAGAUAUAUUUUCCAAACACACAAACAGCAGCCCUAUUUAGAGUCCAUUUAAUACUCACUAAAGCAGGAGUGGGGAACCUGUGGCCCUUCUUUGACUUUUAGCCAUACCUGGCAUGGGCUAGUGGGAGUUGGAGGCCCUCAGCACCUGGAAGGCCAGAGGUAUCUAUCCCUACUGUAAAGAGAGAUAGUAUUAGAACAAUAUAUUUGGUGAAAGUUACAUCAGUGUAAUUGUAACGACAGUCUGAAUGUGGAGGGAGAAGUGGAGAGAAGGCUAACUAGUGCCGCCACCUUGGCUAAGAUGACGGAAUUCUGCCAAAGGGAUUUGAGAAGAAAUAAAUAAAAAGUCCUUCAAGCUGCGUAAAUAACUUUAUUGGAACUUCAGAAAGUAAGAUAUUCCUCACAAUGGAAAGAGAAUGAUCUGUAUUGCUACAGUAGAACCUCGUUUUUUGAGCGCCUCAGAAGCUGAAUGCUUCGAAUGCCGAAAACCCAGAACUAAUUGCUUCCAAGGCGUGUUCCUCCAUUUCUUCAAUGGAUUUUGCCGACCACCCAUUGAUCCUCAGUUUUCAAACAUUUCGGAAGUUGAACAGUCUUCCAGAACAGAUUACGUUCGAAAACCAAGGUGCCACUGUAUUACUAUGCAGGUGUUGCUCUUUUAAUUAUUUUUAAACUGGAGAAAUAGACCAACAUUUAAAAUUCUUUACAAGUGACUGCUCAUAUAAAAUUGUCACAUAUAUAGCUGAAUAUAUUUUUGGUAGACGUUGAGUACAAAGUUCAAAUUAAUAUAUGUUUAUUGAGGGUCAUUAGUAAAGGGCAAACCACUCUCUCCCUGCUGGCGUAUAUCAGGGCUUUUUCCUUUGUGGUAAAAUACAUGCCAUGUUAUCCCUAAACUUUUAAAAAAACAACACUUUUUAGGAAACUAAUCAUGAGUAUCUGAUGUGAAAUCUCGUAAAUGACUUAACGGUUUGUAAUGAGCUGGUAUGCAUUUGAUACAGUCAUAUUAAGGAAAAUAAUUAGCACUGGAUCUGCUGCUUGAUCAGGCUUGUGAAACUGUCAAACAAGAAGAGGCACUUGUUUUAGAUUCAUUAAAAUUCUUCAGCUGGAAAAAGGAAUUUAAGAUAAACUGGUCUUUGCUAUCUGUUACAACAGAUGAUGGUAAUAGUAUUGCUAAUUUUGAAAUUAUAUUGAAAGGAAGUCAUGACUUACUUGCAUUAUGAUAGUGGUAAAAAUAGCAAACUAAUUUUAUAUGCAUUAUUUUUUUAUGGCUUGAAUUCUUAGGUUUGUAGAAUUGUAGAAUUAUCUGACUUGAUGCAUGUAUUCUGCUCCGAUACCAGACAGCCCUUAAAAAUAUGUCUUCCCUCUACCCCUCGGCCUCUCCUUUUGGGUGUGACCAGGUCUGCCAUGAGCAGAUAAACUCCCCAGCACACCCUCUUGUUUUGGGCAUGUUUGCUCACUUUCCACAUGUAGUGAAUGAUUGGAGACUGUAGUUAGUGGUGUAUGUCUUACUUCUGGUCAAAUCCUCUGCUAGGCUAGAAUGGGGGCAUUCAUCUGCCUGAAUUACAGUGUAUUUUAACUCUAUCAGUAUGAAAUCUAAAACUGAGAUUCCUAGAGCUGCUUACAUUUCACGCCAGCAGUUAUCUUAAUUUUUGCUUUUCAUAUAUUUUUAUCACAAUGAAGUUAAGGCAGAUUUCAUAAUGAGAAGCCUCUUUGGGUUGGUUUCAUGCAGAUAUUCUAUUUAGGUCUUUGACUAUUGUACUGAAACACUUGAGGUUUGAAAAUACAAACCCUGUACUUUGCAUAGACUUCAAAUGCUGAAGGUCCUCUCACAUGAUUGAUAUAUGAUAGCUGUUUGUUACUCUUCCCACCCUUUGUCUCUUGCUGUGUUAACAUUUAGACCAGAGCUUUCUGAAUUGUGUGCUGUAGCACGUUAGUGUGUCGGCUGCAGUGUGUGGGUGUGUCACACUCCUCCUGGGGCUGGAAAGGGGUUAACCUCCGGUUUGCUAUGAAAACUAAAUUACUAUGUCACGAAAUGGUACAUGUCUAAAAAGUGUGUCACCAACAUGAAAGGUUUGGGAAAUUCUGGUUUAGAUUGUAAGUUGUUUGGGCAGGGAUGUUAGACUUAAAACUUCCAUCAGCUCCAUCGGUCAGAUGUGAUGGGAUUAGUAGCCCAGCAAUACUUGGAGGGCCACAGGGUUCUCACCCCUGUGCAGUUCUAAAAAGUGCUAUUGAUAAUAUGUAACAAUAAAUACUAUUUAACUUUUCAGAGAGGCACACAAACCUGGUGUGAUAGCAUACUUAGAAAUGAAACCUUCUGCCUAUUCUUUUCUGUUAUCUUUUUUUCCUUUGCAUUGUGAUGCUUUAUAUUUAGCACAGUGGCACUAUUAUCCCUUUGUAGCUUUUCUCCCUGGUCCGUUAGUGUUCUUUUCUCAGCAGUAUCUGAUUACUUCCUUUGUAUUGUGACGACACCCCCACCCUGAAGAUACCCCAUUGCAUUGCACUUAAUUUGGGAGAAAGCUUAUGGUAUCCACCAGCAAGUGAAUUUGAUUGAGGUAUUCUUGAAACAUGUCUGCACUGAAAUUUUCUAUACUUUUGAGUCAGUCCUGUAAUGCUGUUCUUGCAGCGUAAGAGAAGCUUCUCUGCAAAACAUAGUCAGUGGUGUAGAGAAUUCUAUGCCAACAACAUUUUCAGAGUGGUUCAAAGUACAUUGCUUGUGGUGGCUUCCUUUAAAUUCUGAAAACCCUCCAGUGCUUAGGUGUCAUUUGGAAGAAAUGAAAGUUCUUUUAAUUUGGAGUGGUUUCUAGUAGCCAGGGAUAGAAAGUGAUGCUUAAUCACAGUUACAUGGGGUUUUGCAGCUGAUCAAUUGUUAACUUGCAACAAACGGUUAGGUUUACGUAGUUUGUAAAUGAAAAUAAUUGCAUAGCAGUACAUACAUAUCCCUGUAUGUACAUGUGGGAUAUUUUUAUCAGAUGCAGUUCUGUGCACUGUUACUUGCUGUUGUUUUUAAAUAAAUUGUACUUCUUUGUCACUUCAGGUCCAAGAGCUUCACUCACUUUUUUCCUCCUAAAAAGUAAGGGGAAAUGUCUGUGCGUGUUAUGGAGGGAAUGCCUACGGGUGGCAUGCCUACGGAUUUUCCUCCUCUAAAAACUACGUGCGUGUUAUGGUCAGGUGCGUGUUAUAGAGUGAAAAAUACGGUAAAUUGUACUUCUUUGUUUGUCACUUCAGGUCCAAGAGCUUGUUCUUGACAACUGCAGAUCAAACGAAGGCAAAAUUGAGGGGCUGUCAGGAGAGUUUAUCAACUUGGAGUUUCUUAGUUUAAUAAACGUUGGACUGACAUCUGUCUUGAAUCUCCCUAAACUCCCAAAGUUGAAAAAGGUAAGACCUGGGUGGGAGAUGAUUGGGUUUUCAUAUCUGCACAGUGUUGCUAAUUCCCAUUUCUAUAAAUGAUCUUAAUAUGGCUACAAAUCAAAUGGCUGUUUUUCUCCUUUGCUUUCUAAAAUGUAAUCAUAGAUUUAGAUAUAUGCUGAGAUCCUGUGACACUGACACAUCCCUCUUUCAGCCCACAGUCCUUUGUCUCGGGUGUUUUUCUAGACCCAACUCUUGUUUUGGGGCUCAGUCUGGACAAAUACAUAAUUGGGCAGGGAGGGGGAAAGGAGCAGAUUGCAAAAUGAGUCCUAAUGAGAGCAGUACUGGAAAAAUGAAUGAAGUGGAUCCAAACUCAUUUUUAAAAUCAUUUUGGAGGAAGAUAGCAAAGAGGAAGAGAUGAAGCAGAAAUUGUUACUGUACCUGUUGCUGGUGUUGUGGAUCUUGAUUAAGAUUUGGAGAGUUCAGUGGCAAAAGCACAUUGCCGUUGCAAUCUGCCUUUCGGAAUGGUGGCUGUCUAUGGAGGUGUGGUUGGGCAAGUUGUGGUGGUACUCGUGGGUCACAGUGUUGCUGUGGGUAUCAAAUAUUUGUAUUUGAUGGCACUUCUUCCCUUCCUUUCCCUUCCUCACCCCCCCCCCUGCAAAAAAAAGGACCCAGAGCUGUGGCAGGAUGAGUUGCCUGCAAAAUACUUGUUGCAAUGGGACCUGUAAGUCAGAGGAACAGAACUACAUACUGCAUCAUGGUUAGGAGCCAGAGGUGUGAAGAUGGCAUAUUGUAGCUCAUUGAAAUAGCAGAAAUAGGGAAAGGCUUUAAUUUUGUCUUGUCCUCCCAAGCUUCUUGGCUACUCCACUAUUAAGAGAUUAAUUACUUUGCAUUGUAAUUUUGUAGAGGAAUGUUAUGAAAAGGGUUUGUUUGGGAAUAGUGAUGUGGACUUUCCAUAAUUUUUUCCAGUCUCCCAAAACAAUUGGGAUUUGAUCUAGCAUGUUUGACUUCUAUUAGUUUCUUAACGUAAAUAUGACAUGUUCAUUUUAUGUGCUCUAUAAACAUCUCAAAACAUUUUUCCAAAAGUACGUGCACUGAGAUAUUUUGAUUAGGGAGAAAAUCAGUAAAAUACACAAUGUGGUUAAAUGUUAUGUUCCAAGUCUUACCUGAAAAUUACUUUUUAUGAUAAUAAGUCUAAAUAUUUUAUGACAUAAUUCAACAGCAUACACUUAUAUGUUUAAAUGUUAAGCGGGGAAUGAAGGCACUGAAAACUGUUACCACAGAAGUGUGUCACAAAAGGUAGAGUAAGUUUAGAAGGGAGAAGAAAUCAAAUGAGUUUUAGAACUUAGUGUUGUAUGUAGCAAAAUCUUGAUACCGGUUUUUCCAUUAGAAGAGUUCAGUUUCAGGAGAGGUAUCUGUAGCAUAGAAUUUGGUCCUUAGUUCUUUCCCUCCCAGUAUUUAUUCAAAUAGCUCACCCUUCAGCAGAGCUGAAAAUACCUAUUUGGAGAUGCUAAUAUGUAUGUGGAACUCUGCAAAGGGGAGAGUGAUUUGGAGCAGGAAAGUGGUAGGUAGGUUUUUGGUACCAAAUUCUGCUCCUGAAACUAUUUUUCCUCAAUGAAUGCAGUCAUUUGACUUUUAAGAGUAUUUGCAUGUAAAGCGUAGUCAGCAUGAGAAACAAUUUAAGGACGUGCUUAUAAAUGGCUGAGAUCUGAGGGCAGGCUUGUUUCACAAGCAUUCCCAUAUUAUGCUGGUGGUGCAAGUUGUACAUUAGGUUCUUUUAUCAGAUAAUGGAUUGAUACACAAUAAAGAUCAAAGUCCACUUAAAUCUGCAUUGGGUACUUGUACCUGCUUGUUUUAUUUGCAUGAUUUCCACCUACCCUCCUAAAUUUUAUUCAGUCCUUAUCUCUUAGGUAAUUUGGGUGAAACUAAGAUUUUAGUUAGCUCUGAAAUACAUAGCUUCCAUAUUAUAUGUCUAAUUGGCAGAUUUUCCAAGAUUUCUGAAGCCAUCCCAUAAAAUGUUGAAGUUAGCCCGUUGCACCCAAGAACCUUAACUAUAAUCAGAACUUCCUUCAUAAGGAUUCCAUACAAGCACAAAACUCAGUGGGUUGGAUCCAGAGAAAAUUGAGUGGAGCUCCAAACUCACAACAGUGUUUUUCUGGCUUUCUUGCUCCCUGUGCCCCUGAAAAGCUACCCCUGAGAGUCCAAGGACCAUCUGGGAUACCAUGAGAGGGGGCAUUGGACAGUAGUAGCAGGAUGGGAAUCAGGAGGAAUUUGGUGAGCUUCCCUUGGCAAGUAGAAGUGCUUUUUUGCUCAUGCAAGACUUCUCUGGAUCCCAGCUGACCUGGGAUUAAAAAAAUACAUAAAAUACAUUGUAUGGGGGGGGGAUUUAAAAUGUGGGUAAAGUACCGUAUUUUUCGUCCCAUAGGACGCUCCGUCCCAUAGGACGCACCUACUUUUUGGGGGGGGGGGAAAUAAAGAAAAAAAAUUUUUCCUUUAUUCCCCCCCCCCCCAAAACCAGGUCGGGGAACAGUGGGAUGGCGGCGCUGCGCCUCCCUGCUGUCCCCCGAGCUUGUGGGGCUGGCCGAUGUCUGCCCGGCGCGAGGGGCACUCUGCUUCAGGGUGCCUCACGCGCUGGGCGGCAGGCUGCGGACACCUGCGCGAAGCACGGGGCGUCCUCCGGAGGGCGCCCCAUGCUCCGCGCUGCAGGCUGCCGCUCGCAAGCCUUGCGCGCCCGGGGGGGAGUUCCCCCGGGCGCGCAAUGCUUGCGGACACCUGCGCGAGCACCGGGCGUCCUCAGGAGGGCGCCCCAUGCUCCGCGCUGCAGGCUGCCGCCUGCAAGCCUUGCGCGCCCGGGGAGUUCCCCGGGCGCGCAAUGCUGCGGACACCUGCGCGAGCACCGGGCGUCCUCAGGAGGGCGCCCCAUGCUCCGCGCUGCAGGCUGCCGCCCGCAAGCCUUGCGCGCCCGGGGAGUUCCCGGGCGCGCAAUGCUUGCGGACACCUGCGUGAAGCACAGGGCGUCCUCCGGAGGGCGCCCCAUGCUCCACGCUGCAGGCUGCUGCCUGCAAGCCUUGCGCACCCGGGGGAACUCCCCCGGGUGCGCAAGGCUUGCGGGUAGCUUCGUGGAGCCUGGAGAGCGAGAAGUGUCGGUGCGCACCGACGCCUCUCGCUCUCCAGGCUUCAGCGAAAGCCUGCAUUCGCCCCAUAGGACGCACACACAUUUCCCCUUCAUUUUUGGAGGGGAAAAAGUGCGUCCUAUAGGGCGAAAAAUACGGUAAGUAGUAGUUGGCUUCUUGUUGCCAUGAUGAUUUCACUUCCAUGACUGCUACUCAACAUCCCUCUUACACACUUAACUAAUUUUUCUACCAACCUACCUCUAAUAAGCAGGGGGAAAUAGUGUAUAUUAAACCUAUACGCAAAUAUAUUUCUUGCAAGGAAACACUACAUUUUCUUGGUAUGUGGUGUGGAACACACACACACACACACACACACACACGUGUGUUAGUUGCUCCUGUUGAUAGAGCAUAUUUAUAAUGAGAGGUAUUGAACAACUAACAUUUUCAUAAAGGAAUGUAGCUGAAUUGGGAUCCUCUCUGUUUUUUUAAAGAAAAAUGUCAAGAUGGGAGACUAUAAUCUCAGUCUAGACCAGGAUUCCAGUUCAGGAAUGUGCUGCUAGGGAAGCCAACAUUUUUUGUUUGCUUGUUGGAGCUUACAUGCAAGCAAAAUGGGCAUGCUAACUAAAAUACACGUAGAGUAGAAAGAAUGAGAAUAGGGCCUUUCACAGUUGCUUCACGAGUAAAAUAUUUUGUUGUUAAGGAAGUUGUCUCUGUGUAUAUGUGCAAGACUGAUAGUGUUAAAUGGCUACCACAUAUAAAGUUAAAAUGUGAAUUUUAAAAAGUAGCAUGGUUGGCCAUCAUCUUAAAUCUUGACCCCAAAACUAAAUUGCACAUUUCGAUUUCAAACUUAGUGCCCCCCAGGUGGUCAACUGUAGAAACGCUGAUUUGGCAAAAGCAAGUUCAUUGACCUCAUGGAAUUAAGUACUGUACAAGGAUUGUUCGUUAUGGCAGUUCCCUAAUUCAGCUUUACAUUAAUUCAGCAAUUUUGUUGCCCGCUCAAAUAGCACGUUGUUCAGAUUCUCUCAUGACAACAUACCAGUACUGUGGGUAUGGUCCAGCUAAAAGUUAAGGAGCUGUAAGUCCUAUUGAUUUCAGUGAUGACUGAGGAUUAAGAUAAAUUUAAGAGCCAUUGGACUUAAUCUCAGGAAAGUGGGUAUAGGAUUGGAGCCUAAAUGCCAAAUUACAUGGCAAGUGGUGCUGCUCCUUGUCCCCUGUGUUGCAGAGGCUUUAUUUCCCUCCACUAGAAGUCAGGUAUUUAGAGUUUCUGGUCCCAUGCUGUGAAACAUUCUUCAAGCAGAAAUUUGGCAGGCAUUCUUGCUUUUCAUUUUCAAGUGUCUCUUGAAGACAUCUAUUUAUAUAGACAGGUAUAUGCAACUAUUGAAUUGUAUUUUUUUUAAUCAGCCAGUCAUUUUAAUAUUCCUAUACUUUUAAAAUGUUUUUUUUAUUGUGUAUAGUGUGCACACCACUAGAUUGUAUUUUAUGAAUUGGUGGUAUAUAAGUACUUUUAUAAAUGAAUAAUACCAUGCUAUAGCAACCUAAACAUUUAGCUGCCAUCCUAAACACAUAGUAAUGAGUAAGACCCAUUAAACCGUGGGUCUUACAUCCCAGUAGAUAUGCAUAGGAUUACAUUGUUGGUGCCUUUUAUUUAUUUGCAAGAGGAACAGAAUAAUUGUAUAGAAUGUAUUUUACUGCACCAACUCCAAUAACUUUCAUUUAUUUCAGCAUUUCAAUCUGUUCAGGCUUUUUCAUCUGAUGUAUGUUUUGGAGCAAAGUGAUUUUUUUAAAAAGAAGAGGCUGUUAUGUAACCAUGUGGCUUCUCUUAAGAAAAUGGCUGAGCAACAGAGCUGUAUUGGUGUUAGGUGUAAUCAUCAAAAACCUAGGUCAGCAAUUUUGUUAGCCUUGGAAAAACAUAGGGCCCAUUUACUCUACAGACUUAGCCUAGAAUGCUAUGUGCACACUUACCUGGGAGUAAUUAUGAUUGAACUUAAUAGGACUUGCAUAGGAUUGCACAGGUAAAACUGUGUUCAUAAUCCUUCCCGCUUCGCAGUCAGCCUUGGGAACUGAAGUCCUUGAAAGGGAAAGGAACUUCUAACAAAGAAUUUCUAGCACCCCAUCAAAGUUCAGUUCCUGGGAUUCACUGGAAACCAUGACAACUAAACUGGUAGAAAACCAUUGGUAAUGUAUAUUAUACCCAUAGCUGAUUGUAUAUGUUUCAUGCUGUGAAAGACUGGGGCCAUUAGGACAGACAUGGGGAAUUUGCCCCCCAGUUUGCUCUUUCCAAACCAUGUCCCCUCCCCAUCCCACAGUGAACAGCUCAUGCAGGAAGAGAUCUUGAAGUCAAACUGAAAGAGGGAAAAUACAUAUUUUGGCCUCACCCUCUUCGGAUAUGCAAACAUUUCCUCCCUGCCCCCCCCCAAGGAAAUUCAGCCCUUGGGGCAAGGGGAGGUUUCCCACUGUGCAUGCAGUGAUGUAGCAACCUCUUCCUGAUGUAAGCUAACAUGGUGUAAUUGGGAAUAUUUAUUACAGCAUUGCAGUGCAACUCAGUGAGCACAAAUUUCUAGCUUCUAUUGCCAGAUAUUUUUAUGAAUGCUUUUUGUGGGGGCGGGCAGGCAAGCAUAAAUUUAAGUAUUGAUCUGGAUAAAUAUUAUUUGAAUCUCAGCCUUGUGGAUGUUUUGCUUUUAACUGCACUGUUGCUGAUAUGUUCAGUAUUUUGCCUUUUGUGGUUCCUGUUGCAGCUUGAACUCAGUGACAACCGAAUUUCUGGAGGUCUUGAUGUAUUAGCAGAAAAACUUCCAAACCUCACACAUCUAAACCUCAGUGGAAACAAGCUGAAGGAUAUCAGUACCUUGGAGCCAUUGGUAUGUUCUUAAUGGGUUAAAAAAAUCUUAUGCCUCUCUGGGGUUUAAAUGCAGAGAUUAUCAUUCAAAAGAGGGCCUUUCCCCCAAAAAGGCAGUCUACAGUUUGAUACCAACAUAGAUGCCUUGCUUAGUUCAUUUUUCUGGGCACUAAGUAAAUGUAUGACCAAAUCAAGACACCUGAAGCAAGAAUAUACCUCUUAUGACAUUUCAUAGCUGAUGCUCUAGUUCUCAAACAUACUGGCCCCAAACAUACUGACCCUAAUCCAGCUUUAGUAAUGAGCAACAAGUAAGCCCCUGGAUGGGGAUAUGCUUCCCCAUCUGCUUCAAAAGAUGUAUCUAGCAAGGUCAGCAGAGGCCAAAUGAACAUUUCAAUGUGUGUGCAUUUUCCAGAUUCAAAUCUACAUCAGCUACAUAGGCAGAAGCCAAGUUAGCAUUUAUAUCUUAAGCCCGUAUCCCAUUACUUUUGGUAAUGAAUAUGUUUUCAUGUUAACCUUUUUAGUUUAUUGGUUUCAGUCAAAUUAGACUCCUCUUUCUGUGUCUGGCAGAUUUUGAUUUUAUAUCUGAUUUGUCUAUAAAAAUGCAUGUUAUCAGAACAUUUAAUUCCAUACUUCAGCCAUGAUGAUGUGCAGUCAGAAUUCUAAACUCAGUUGCUACAAAUCCACUUGCCAUCUAUCCUGUUUGGCAGAAUGAGUUAAAAUAGGAAUCGUGUGUUGCCUGUUGUGCAGCAUAACUUCAUUGUUGUCAAACAUGGAACAUAUUGACUGGAAAUUAUGACAAAAACUCAUAUUCUGUUUGUUGUACCUUGUUUCUUCAAGGAUUUCCUAAAAUCACUAGUCAAGUAAGUUGUAUUAAUCUAUAAAUUAUGUUAAUAGUAUCAAGUCAAAUUAGAAGUUGAUUUGCUUUUAUUCCAGAUAGUAGAUUCAUUUUUCUGCUUAGUACCUGUUUGCUAAUGAUAUCAUAACUCAAGCAAGCAUCUUAAUUUCACCAUGCAAAAAUGGAAUAUUUAAAGGCAGUUUAUAUGGUGUCUAGAAUCAAAGCAGCAAUACUUACCUUAGACUGUACUACUUUAGCAUGCAGGUGGCAGAUGAUGUUGCUGAUACAUUGUUUAUUUUCAUCAUCAUCAUCAAUCUUUAUUACGGUCCAGAGACCCAACAAAACAUUACAAAUUAAUACAGAGUUCAUACAGUCUACCUCCAGGUUAAUUAAGCACUUUGUUUGGAAUAUAGGGCUCGUUUGUUCUUGCAACCACCAAUAAAAACUUUGCCACUGCCAACGUUCUAGCUUUUGUCUGGUCUUCCAGUAGGAACCUGGAAGUCCAAAAAGUUUGACCAAUUUAUUUACUGAUUUUUUAAAAGACUUCGGUGAUCAUCUGGUCUAACCCCUUGCAAUGCAAGAAUCUUUCACGCAACAUGGGGCUUGAACCCACAACCCUGAGGUUUAUUUUUGUUUGAAUUAAUUUUUCAAAGGAGCACCUUUUAUGAGGUGACUCAUGAGUUACAAUUGUCUCCAGGUGAAUUUCCAGUCAUCUGAGUUUCUGGUUCAUUGCACGGAGAGGAACUUGUAGAUGUAGAGUGUAGUAAUGAUACUUAAUAACAUUAUAUAGAGCUUUAAAAUGCUCAAAGUGCUUCACAUAUAUUCCUCAGUUACUGUGUAUCUUUACAAGAUUUUUAUAAAGUAGAUCAAGAUUAAACCCAUACUGCAGGUGGAGUUCAAAAUAGUGUACCAAACAAGGAAAGAGUUGAUUCCACCCAUGUAAGAUCCAAUGUGAUUAGGCCAAAAUAUCCCCCCAUUUCGAAGAUAACUAGAUAACUGCUUCAGCUAGUUGUUCAGUAUUUUCCUCACAAAAGUAUUAGGAUGAAACACCUGAAAGUAAAUUUCCAUGUUACCAAGUUUUAGGCAGAGCCUUGACAAACAUGCCGUCCCCGUCCCCCCAAUUAUCCAGUGGUUGCUUCUUGUCCAUGCAAUAAUAACUUGACUUGUUUGCAAUUUUAGAAAAAAUUGGACUCUCUGAAGAGCCUUGACCUGUUCAACUGCGAGGUAACAAACUUAAAUGACUACCGAGAGAGUGUCUUCAAGCUUCUUCCUCAGCUCACCUACCUGGAUGGAUAUGAUCAGGAAGAUAAAGAAGCCUCUGACUCAGAUUGUGAAGUAGAUGGCGUUGAUGAGGAAGACGAGGAAGGUGAAGAAGGUGAGGACAGGCAUUGUUACUUUUGGGUGGAGAAUGUCCAAUUCUUAGCGAUGAUCUCCAACCUAAAAAUUGCACUUGCCUCAUUUUCGUCUAGAAUUUUAAUUGCAGAAGGACUGGUGCUGAGUUAAGAUGGCACAUUAUAUACUCAUAGCCUUCUGAAAUGUGCUGGCACCAUAACUCAGACAAAAAAAUGCUAUAGCCACCUCUUAAGACUUCCCUUAAGUCACAUUGCAAGGAAAUGGUGUGUUGUUUUUAGUAUGCGUACAUCUUUAAAAGAUAGAUACUUCCACUCCAGAAAUGUAACUGGAUCUUCUCAUGUUACAGAUGUAAACUUAUUUCUGCAACCAUAGGACGCUGAGAAGUUACUCCUUUGUAACGUCUUCAGGAGUCUGGUGACAGUUCACAAAUUGCUGCAAUAGCCUUGCACUCACAAAAUCUACAGGCUCUUUUUAGAUUAGAGUAUCUUGUGUACUGCUUAGCAUACAACCUACACUAAGAGUGUGAGAGACUAGAUGCUAAAUUCUGGUAGCUUAUUAAUGUAUUUGAAGUGUUGGUGGGUAUUAACACAGCCUCGUGAGCCACUCUCAUGUACCAAGUACCAGUUGCUGUUGGGUUAGCAGUAGAAAGAGCCACAGUUGGAAUGCGUGUUGCAUUGUGGUGCUGCCACAGAUACAUAUUCUUUUCUUUAGUCACAGCUUCAAAAGAGCUGUUUGUUACUCUUGCUUGCUCUCUUGCGACUGAAUUACAGUGGAACCUUGGGUUGCGAACGUGAUUGUGCAGGAGGCACGCUUGCAACCUGCAGCCCUGUGUCUGCUCAUGCGCGUGACACGAUUCAGCGCUUAUGUGCAAAGCGUGAUUAAGUGCUUCUGCGCAUGCGCGAGUGCCGAAACCCAGAAGUAACCCGGUACUUCCAGGUUUGGUGUGGUCCGUAACCCGAAAAUGUGCAACCCACAGCGUUCGCAAUCUGAGGUAUGACUGUACUUCCAAUGAUUAAUGAGUAAUUUGGGGUAGGGAGCUGGGAAAGAACCUUUCUGUUUCUCUGUUACUUACAAUCGUUUAUCAGUAGCAAUUCAGGCAGUUUGACCAUACAGUCACUUGCACUGGAGGGCUUGCAACCCAGGAAGGCUGGCCUGAAGGCUCUGACUGUUUCUAUGCAGUGUUGAAUUGGUUGCAGUCAGUUAUGUUGGAUCUUGCUGGCAUUACUUUUUUCAUUUAUAGUCAUUAUCAGAUCGUUUCCCAUCAGAUUUGUUUUGUGCUUGAAAGCUUCUUUGCGAAAUUAAAGGGGCUUAGCAGAGGACUUCUGCAGUGUCCUGGUCCACACUUAAAAGUAACCCAUCAGUUUGUUUGGCCUAACUGAUUUUUUUAGAUGUCCGAACCCUGCCCAGGGUUUCUGACAACAAACCACGGUCUGAUGCCAUGGUUUGUUGUUGGCUUACAAAUUGUGGACUGUUUUAACUAGGACUUGGUGUUGACACACAAACAUGGCAGCUUUGCUUAGCCAUGACUUAUUUGCCUACUUUGCCCAAAAUACUCAUCAAGCUGCAGAGUCAUAAGGCACAAGUGGCUGAAAAAUGAGACUGUGUGCAAGGCUAGGCGGUUCUUGCUUGCGCUUUUCCCGAAGAAGACCUCCCUCCUAACUUUGCCUGGCAACAGAUUCCUUUCCUGAUCCCACUACUCCACAAAAAGUCCUCUCUUGCGAGCCAGAUGGCUUCACUUCACAGCUGCUGUUGUUCCAGGAGAGGGAAAUUUAAAUGGACUGCAGUCCACCUAGCUAAAAUGAAAUAUAAAGGAAUAAAUGGGAAAGCAGCAGCAAAACAAACAGUAUACUACAACAUAUUUAAGAUUCUUAACUAAAAGGUUAAAAAAAAGAGCAACUGGAACAGUAGUUUAAGACAUGCAAAACAUCUAAAACACUUCUUUUUUUGGGGGGGGGGGGGCGGAAGGCAUGACCUUUUCAAACAACACUGUCCUGGCCUUUGCAAUAGCCUCAUGCAGCUUAAAACUUCACAGUAAUUAGCACCUUUUACGGCAACAUCCUCACUGAAGAGAUGUUUCAGAGGACAAUCUCCAUGGCACCACAAUGGCUUCUAAAGAAGUUUGACAGAUUCAUGGAGGUUAAGGCCAUCAGUGCACUUAGGUCCUGCUUUCAGGCUUGUCAUCAGCAUCUGGUUGGCCACUGUGAGAACAGGGUGCUAGACUAGAUGGGCAAUUGGUCAGAUCCAGCAGGCUGCUCUUUUGAACUCUCAGUAGUAAAGGUAAAGGGGUCCCUGAGCAUUGGGUCCAGUCAUGACCGACUCUGGGGUUGCAGCGCUCAUCUCACUUUACUGGCUGAGGGAGCCGGCGUACAGCUUCCGGAUCAUGUGGCCAGCAUGACUAAGCUGCUUCUGGUGAACCAGAGCAGCGCACAGAAACGCCGUUUGCCUUCCCGCCAGAGCGGUACCUAUUUAUCUACUUGCACUUUGACGUGCUUUCGAACUGCUAGGUUGGCAGGAGCAGGGACCGAGCAACGGGAGCCCACCCUGUCGUGGGGAUUCGAACUGCCGACCUUCUGGUCGGCAAGUCCUAGGCUCUGUGGUUUAACCCACAGCGCCACCCAUGUCCCUUGAAGUCUCAGUACUUUUGACUAAAAACCAGGAGGCCAAACAGGAGGUGUUGGUGUUUAGAAGUUGAAGGGAGAGGAGAUGGUAUGGAUCAGCCCAUUCUGAGAGCAGCUGGGGAGAUCUCAUUGUGUUCAUGCAGCUAACAAUGGUAAAGGCGUUGGUGGUGAGGUGAGGUAAUGUUUGUGUUAAGGCACCACAAAGAACAGUAUAUCAGGCAGGCAAUGAGGAAUAGGUGGGGGAUAGAACAAACCAAGCUUCAACUAUGGUUUGUUUGGUCAUCUGUGGGGCAGCUCAUUGUUUCUUAAAUAUACCAUGCCUUCGUGUUGCUGUGGUGAAUGAGGCCAGUGUAUAUUGAGUAUACCCACUUACGUAGUUGGGAAUUCUGUUUGUUCGUGUAUUCUUGUUAUUUGUUAGUCUCCUAAUUAUGAUUUUUAUUAAAUUUGUUGAUCACUGCAGUGUUUAGCCACCAUACAGUACAAAGUUUAAACAAUACAGUAGGUAUGUUAAGACAGUUAUAAACUUUCCUAACUUUUAGAAAAAUGAAGGUUAACUAUAAGGAAAGUUAUAGAAACCAUUUCUUUCUCAGAAGGUGAGGAAGAAGAUGAAGAAGAGGAGGAAGAUGGUGAGGAGGAGGAGUUUGAUGAGGAAGAUGAGGAUGAAGAAGGAGAAGAAGGAGAAGACGAGGAAGACGAAAUCAGCGGAGAGGUUAGUUAAAAGUAUUUCCUGCUUUUAUGCUUUCUGUGUUGAAACCUGAGAGGCUUAUAUGCCAAGUAGCAAAAAGAGUAACUGGAUCUACCUUCCUGCUUGCUUGGAGGUGAAAUUGCUGAGUGAUGUUUGAGCGGCGUCCUUAUGUAUGACCGGCAAAGGCAGCUGGAACAGUGAGCGGGCCUCCCACUACCAGAAUAACUGAAAUAAUGAAACCUUCUAUUCUGGAUUACCCAAUUUAUGUUCUGUCAUUGGUCUGCCUCUGCGUGUUGCACACUGCCUGGCUGUUGCUUGGUUGCAAGCUUCAACCAAGGUGACAGGAAAGAGACUUGGCUGCAGCAGCAUGCAUCACUGCUUCUCUGCUGAUGUCAUCCAGUGUCUUUCGUUAUCCAGCAGAGAUUGAGAAUACCUCCUACCAGGAGGUAUCAUGCAAAUGGGAGGAAAAGUGCUACUCUUUCAGUUGCAAACAUGCUUAUAUUUUCAGGAGGAAGAGUUUGGACGUGAUGGGGAAGAGGAGGAGGAGGACGAGGAAGAAGAGGAGGAUGAAGGUAUGCUCAAAGUUUCAAACCAAUUCCUUAAUUAUAUGAAUCUCCAGCAUGGCAGGAUAUGGAUGCGAAUGGGAUGAAGAGGACAAGAAGGCGACAGAAAAUAUUUUAGAUGCUUAGCCCAACCCAUCCAAAAUAUUGUGUUAAGUAAAGCCGUUCCAUUUUAGAUGGGAAGUGCAAGUAAAGACAGCAAGGAUGUGUGGCUCUAGAUUUUUUUCCCUAUUGUUGGGUUGUUGGGGUGCAAGCCUUGGUGGCUGUGGCCAGCCAGUGGCCUCCAAACCCUUAAAGGUGGGAAGUACUUGGUCCUUCUUGAACUUCCUUCAACUGAGUGAGUGAGCCACUGUGCUAGUAAAUUACUGAAAUGCUAGAACUGGAGACUGCUGGAGCCCAGAAUAAGUUUAUGGGAUAAUACAGUUGUACCGCUGCCCUUUUAUCAGAUGAUGAAAUGUAUUUUUUCCUCUGGUCAUUGUACAGAUGAAGAAGACAGUGGGAAAGGUGAAAAGAGAAAAAGAGAAGCAGAUGACGAAGGGGAUGAAGAAGAUGACUAAGGCCUUCUGUGUCCCCAAAGGACUGUUCAGUAUUGCUUGGGCCACCCCUUGGAUGAUCUGUGACUUGAGGAGCACUUGAGGCACAUUGUAGUUGUCUAAACAAGCCCCUUCCCCCCUCGGGUGCAGCACUCAAAAGAGCCAAAGAGUCGGCCUUUCCUGUGACAUUCCACAUACCCUGCAGCUGAUCUCCUCCAGGUGGUUACAGAUCUAGCCCUCUUGGGCUAGCACCUUCACUUAUCCCCUUGGGGUUCCCAGGCCUUCAUCUCCCACUGUUGCCAUAGCAAGAAGAACGAGUGUGAUGGGUCAGUCCUGGUUGUCAGGGGCUACACACUACCCACUGACUGUAGUCCCUUUUUUACUUUCUGUGCAAAAAGGCUUUGUAAAUAGAGUCCUAAUGUUUUGGGGACUGUUCUUCAUGCUUUGCUUUCCCUGCCUUCCUUUUCCUUUUCUAAGCUGUUGGAUAUUUUUUACAUUAGGAUGUUUUAUGCAACAACAGAAAAGUAUUUUUAAGAACUUGAAAUGAAAUAAACGUUAUUUGGUAAACUAAUCUUGCAAAGUUGUUAUGUUCAGACUUAAUCUGAAAUUCUGUGGCCUUCUCAUUUCUCUAAAACCACAUUAUGGGCAGGGUUGUGUAUACUCUGCAUUAUUUUUUUAAAAAAAUUGUACCAGCAGAAGCUAGAUUCCUUGACCCAUGUAAAUUCCUUGGUUUACAUAAUUUAUUCUGCUUCUGCUAGUCAAGGAGAUGAACAAUGAAUUACGUGGGAUAUUGAAGCCAUAACCACUAGAAAUCUUCAGACCUUACAAGGAUUUUAGCCACAGAUUUAAAAACCCACCUUACUGCCCAUUAAGGAUGGACUUUUUAAAAAAAAAACCUAAGAUUUUCAGGUUGCUGAUUUCCAUGGUCAAUACCAAAUUUUGUGAUUUUGUGUGUGUGUGUGCUCAUAGUAAACUGUAGAAUACACCCAGUGCUGAAGACAAGCCUUUGUUAUUUAGACACCCUUUAUUCUUAAAUGCAGUGAUUGAACUUGGUCUUUUACACCCACUUUGCAAAUAAUAUUGCCCUAAAUCUCUGAACCACAGUAAUACAUUUUGAAAAAAGAUAGGAUUGGUUCUUAGAUUGCACAAAGGUCCAUACCCAUGUGCAAAAUCUUAAAAAGAAGAUGUAUUUACACUGUGUGCAUGUGCUCACAUAUGCUCAGAUUGUAAUGCAUAUACCAGCAAGCCACCCCAUCUUUUACCUCUUGUCAUGUUUUACAUGGACAAAAAAAGUCGUAUGGCCAGGGCACUCUUGCAUUACAAAAUACAGUGAUUUGUGUACAUGAUUAAUGAUGUAGUACAGUACACACGUGGCAAUAAAUCCCAUUAAUCUCAGUGGGGCUUAUUUCUCUGUAUACACGCAUAUAGGAUUGCAGAACAUGCAACAUGGAAAUGAGCUCCUACAGCUCAGUCCUAUACAUUUCUACGCAGAAGUUCCACUGAGUUCAGUGGGGCUUAGUCUCAGGUAAGUAGGUAUAGAAUUACAGCCUAGUCAUACAAAAUGCAUAUAAUGAAAGUGAACUUGACCUUUAAACAGACUAGGCUGAAAGCUGUUAAUUGGAGCUUUUGAUAUCCUGACUUCUCAUGUAGUGAGGCAUUCUAACAUGACCUUGCCUCCAAUUUCAGAUUGAAUUAAAUGCAGAAAAUGGCUGGGAUCCACCUGUAUUUCCCCCAGCCCUCUCUAAAUGUGUCCCAGAGAGUUCCCCAAUCCCCCACAGCAGGUUGGGGGGUGCUGCAAGGGUGUGAGGAGUAGAAAUCUUUGUUCUGUUUGUGCUCAGACACAAUUGGAUGUGGCUCUUUCACAUCAUUCUGUUCUGAAGUCAACUGUAUCAAAGAGUUGAAAGGGACCCCGUGGCUAAGGGACAAAAAUAAAUCUGGAAAUAUGUCUCUUUGGAACCAAUGCUCAUAUUUAUAUGCUGUUGGUAGCAAUAGAUCCAGCAACAGUAAAGGAGUGAGACUCUUUUUCCCAGGAUAUGUAUAUGCUGAAAAUCAAAUUCCACAUCAAAAGCUGCAUUCUGUAACCUGUGCCAAUGUAUGCAGUUUUGUGUAGACAUUUUUGGUUUUGCAGGUAACGGAGGGGGCAAGGAGCUUUCUGUAGCGCACUGAAACUUCACCUACUGACCAUGGGAAAUAUUUCGCUACACCUCUGGUAGAUGAGAUUCUGUAGGCACGUGUAGUUUCAAAACAUAAUCUGUGGGCACUAGGCCUAAUAGCCAGUCUCUUUUUGCUUUUAAUUGAAAGCUGAGGUUCUCAGGAAGCAGAAUUCUGUGCCCUGUGUCACAUUCUGUGCUCCUCUGGAAUUGCAGUAGAGACUCCUUGGUUACAGUAUAUCACAGGAGCUAGUGAUAUACUAGAGCAUAUAUAUAUGUUGGGUACAAGCCAAUUUAAGAAAAGAGGUGCUUGUGAUCAGAAAAUUACUACUCCAUUUUGAGUUUCUUUUUAAGUUAGGUGGAUAUCUUGGUUCAAUAGCUCCUGGGGCUGCAUGUAUGUGUAGAACAAAACAACUUGAAGCAAUGUGUUUUUUAAUUGGCUGUUUUGACAGGGUGGGAGGAGACUGAAACCAGCUUCCCUACUUUUCUUUCUCAAAUAGGUGUUUGAUGGGAUUCCAGCCCAAGUGGGUAGGAAACCUUCUAUGUAAAACUAUUUGUGCAUAUGAUUCCCCAUUUUGCUGUGCCUACGUGGACAGGCAGCUUGUCAGUCAUUUAAGAAUAAAGUGUGUGUUUCUCAUAUUGUUGAUGUGCCACAGAUUACUUGCACUGAUACGCAUGGUCGGUAGCACUAGUAAAAACUGUAGUAGGCUACUAGCUUUUUGUGGACUUGGUUGCAUGGCUGGCAUGGAAUCUAACUGGAACAGAGUGAUACAUUCGGAUAUUUGCUUUGGUUUAAGGAUUGAAUCCCACUGAAUCCACUUUCUUACUGAAACCAAUCAGCUGUUAAGAGUGUUUAACUUUGGCUGGAUCAUUCCUUGUGCAAUUGUGACCAGUCAAAUAUCUUUCAGGUAUGCCCCCAACUGUAUUCUGAAUGAUUUACUUCCUUUUAAAUGAAGAUAACAAAAAACUGAAGAAUACUGUCAAUCAUUAAAUAUAGUUAGGCACUGUUUAAUAAAGCGUAACCAGUUUGCUAUUACUGUAUAGAUAUUUUCUUUUCAUUUCUCUCCCUCCAACAUACACGAGUAAAGCGUUGCUUUAAAAUGUACCAUCUCCAAGGUUUACAUAGAACAGAGAAGUGAUACGUUAAAAAAUAACUUUCAAGUGCUGAAUUAUUCAUUUUCUGAAAGGUUACCAGUAAACAUAAUGCAGUAAUUUUUUUUCAAGUAGAUUUAGGAUUGAGGAAUCCCCUUGAUAAAUGGCUAACAUUGCUGUCUGUUGAUCAGAUAAAAUGCAUAAAAACAAGCAAAAAAUCAUUUAAAGGUACACUUUAAAAAUGCAUUUUGGAACUUAACUUUCCCUUUGCCUUAGCUGACUACUGCUUUAAAUAAUUUAUUCUGCAUUGUAAACAAGGAAAGAGAGCAAUCCCACAAAUUGCAGGGGUGGUAGCCAGCAUUAGUCAUAAUCAGGGUAGACCCACUGGAAUUAAUUGACUUGUCCAUUGAUAUGAAUGAGUACCCUAAGUAUGACUAACAAUCAUUUUCCUCCAUCCUGAUUGGGACUAUCUGCACAUGUAUCCUUAGCUGGAGGUAUUAAAGCCUGUGCCAACGGAUUCUGCAUGGAUGGUGCCCUAGUCCCAUCCCUGUGUGUGUACAAUCUGUUAAAAAUAAAUGCUGGAUUCCUUCUCAUCAGUUGUUUGGGAUAAGGGAACAGGAACCUGGAUUCAGUCCCCCUUGUCAACCAGCAAAAAGGCUACACAGCAGUCUCAUGCUGUUGGACUGCAACAAUAAACUGUUAGCAACAGCUAGAUAAAACUGAUCACUCGGCUUUUUUUAGGGGCAGUGGGCAGGAGAGAGAAAAUCUCUGAGAUUAGCAGUAGAGGGUGGAUAUCCCCAUUGUGCCCCGAUUGUGAACAUAAUGGCUAGUCACAUUUGGGAGAGACAACAUGAUCUAGACUGUCCAAUGGACAGUCAGCAUGACUAUUAAAAGUUCCUAAUAGAUCACGGCCCUCUGGAAUAAAGUGUGGAGACACUAGUUUUUAAAAGGAUUGGAUAAAAGUCCACGAGCAAUGGGUAUAAAAUACUCUUUAAUAUUCAGAGGUCAGUUUAAAAGUGCAAAAGCUUGGUAUCCAAGUAAGGUUGAGUUUCCUACAGGUUUCAUGAUGCCUUUUGCACUGUUCUGACCACCAGAGUAGCAAAGCCACAAUUAAUACAGCUUUUCUGGGCUUGUAGCACUUCAGACUGAAGUGGAGGAAUCACCUGAAUGCGCUCCCUAUGUAAGCAUAUGCACAUAGAAAAGGCGUUAUGGCCAAGAGAAAGCUAGGCUAGAUUCUUGAUAUGAUAACUUUGUAUACACAGGAACUAUCCAACCCUCUUCCCAAUAACCUGAAUAGUGCAAUCCAGGCAAAACUGCACUGUUGCUUCUAUAGGUAGGAUAUGAGAGGCGUUACUCCCAACAAGCACUGGCAGAUCUAAUGCUAAGGUUAAAAAAUUUAUAAAAAGCAAGAUGGGGAGAGGCAUGCCUGGGCACAGUUUUAUCAAGCCAUUGGGGAUUGCUGCAAUUAAAAGCAGGUCUUUGGAGUGAAUUUUGAACUGGUAAUUAUUGGUCUUUCUGAGAAGCUAUGCGGAAAGUGAAUGAAGGGGGGAAAUCUAGCUGAAGAUAGAAGAAUGUGAGCACUGUAGGCCAAGCCUUACUUAACCCCAACAUCAGAGGUGUUACAGUGACCAGACUGGGGUGUGCUCCUUGCUCUCACUCCUGAACAACUCUUGAGUUUUCCCGAACUAGCCAAGGCAAUGGGGUUUUUAUGAUUUUAUUAUGAGCAGGGCUGCUUGCGUUUCUUCAAGCCCCAGCUCCUGACAUCGCAGGAGCCCAACCAUUUUUUUGUUUUUCAGCAACAGGUCUUAACUUUCAGGACUUAGGGAGAAGUGCUUUAAAGGUAUCCCGCCAGAAGACUCAUCCCCCCACUGCUCCCAAAGACUCAUCCCUUCGCUGUCCCAGGGCUUCACAGUCUUUGGAUAUUUCAGGUGGUCAGCCCCGAGACCUGGAAGGAGAAUUACGCGGAUGGCAGUGCUUUGCAUAGACUUGUGUGGGAAUCAACAGGCAAUGGAAGAUCAGGCAAAGCAUUGGUUGUAGGUAUCGGAGCAGAAGAUGGGAAACCGUUUGAAAGAAGAGCCUUGUGAUUUUGCAAAAGCUUAAUCCUAGAAACAGGCUCUGAACCAGAUGAAAUGGGGAAGGACGGAAUAUUCUAUAAGAUGAGCUGGAAAUUGGAUGUCUGAACUCCUUUCUGGACACUGCCCUGCAAUGUCCCAUGUUGAUUCUGGCAACAAAAUUCAGUGGAAAAGUGAUGGAGGGAAGAAGCAACUAGUGGAAGGUUGGGUUUGAGGCAACUGGAAGGAAGCCAGUUCAGAGAAUUGGUCCUCAGUCUAUUGUUUGCUUAAGGCAUGAAGUGAUUCUGGGGAAAUAUUAUGGGUGAAGCUGAAAGGUGACUGUGUAUUGACAGGAGCUGCAGAUAUGCUCUGGUUACGACCUGGUCUGCCUCACAAGGCUCAACAAUGAAACGUCCCUUUCAAAAGCUUGGCUUUUGAAAUUAGUUCCCCUUUAUAACCAAACAAACCUACAUUCCUGAUUUUGCCUUUACUGAUUACAGACUCCCAUUUCUUUGCUCCUCACCUCUUGAGUGCAACCAUAUUUGCAAAGGAAAACCCAUAAAACUAAGGGAAGUGGAUGACUUAGACAUGCCCCCCCCCAAACCAUCAUCGACCACAAGAGAGACAAAAGUAAUUCAGUGUAGAAACAACCUGCUCUACUUCAGCUCCAGGGAGGAACAGGGAAGAGUCCUGACCCACUUAGCCUUCAUGUUGCAACGGGUCAUUGCUAGACAGCCUGGACGAGUCAAAACCACCACAAGGCCAAGCUCAAAUGGGCACCGGGGACUUGGAAGAUGCUCUCGCUGCUCCUCAAUGAAGUACCAGGCACACACAGGCACAAGGGAGCCUCUGCCUUCACACUGAGACUUCCCAGAGUGACUCUGGGGCCACUUUCAUACCAGUUCGUUCUCUGGUUCAAAGAAGGCGGCUAGUAAACAAAGCACCCGUAAGAAUCCCAGCGGCCUCUGGCUUCCAGAAAAUGGGCACUUGAGGCAGGCAAUGAGUUGCCUAUAAGAUCUCAAGUCCUAAUCCAAAAUCUCCCCGCAGUAGUACUUGGAGGCGACCACAGUCCUGGAGUCUGAACCGCCUUCCAAAGGCUGCCAAGCAACGUCCCGUCAGAACCUGCCAGAAUCCAUGCGAAGGUUUUUAAUCUCCAGCUCCAGCUGUUUGAUCUGCACGUCCCGCUGAAUCGUCAGUUCGCGGAGCCUCCGGAUUUCUUCCUGCUGCCGGUAAAACAUCUGCAGCAGCU